ACACCACGACUGGAACAGCGCCGUGUAAUAUUAUGUACAGGUACUAGGGAUGUCUAAUAAAGGAAACGCUUAAUAUGAACAAUUUGAGGAGAGCUGUUAAAUUGGCUGGGGCAGCAACAGUUUUGGGAGUAAGUGCUGCCAGUGGUACAGUCUUACUGGAUGCAGCUCAUGUUUUAGAUUUAACUGACAAGCCAGCAAUACGAGCCGUAAGGACGGGCAUUACAACUGUUUCGAUUAUCUGCGAUUACAAGUUUUCUCUUUAUGGUAAAGUAACGGACUCGCCGGAGUAUGUCGCAGCGAAGUCACAGGCACACACAAGAGCUGCAAGGAAACUGCUUGCACUUUGUUGGAGAAAUCGUGGAACUUAUGUUAAAGUGGGGCAACAUCUUGGUGGAAUGGACUAUUUAUUACCUGCUGAGUUUACGAAAGUAUUAAAAGUUUUGCACAGUGAUGCCCCCCAGAGUACUUUAGAUGAAAUACAUGGGGUGUUAAAGAAAGACCUCAAUAUCGAAAAUGUUGAUGAAGUUUUUACUGAUUUUUGUGAAAAACCUCUCGGUACAGCUUCUCUAGCCCAAGUAUAUAAAGCAAAACUAAAGAGCAAUGGAUCCACAGUUGCUGUUAAAGUACAACACCCAACUGUGCAGGAUCUUGCUGAUAAAGAUAUGGAUAUGAUGGAUUACGCGGCAACAUGGGUUAAGAAGUUGUUUCCAGAGUUUGACUUAAUGUGGUUAGUUGAAGAGACAAGAAAAAAUCUUCCACUGGAGCUUGAUUUCCUUGUGGAGGCAAGAAAUUGCUCCAAAGCAACCAAGAACCUUAAAUGUUUUGAUUGGGUAAAGUUACCGAAACUGCAUUGGGAUUAUUGCACCAAGCGUGUUAUGGUGAUGGAGUUCUUGGAAGGAGGACAAGUUAAUAAUUCAAAUUAUUUAGAGGGAAAUAAAAUUGAUUUUAAUCACGUUUCAAGACUUUUAGGUAAAUUAUUCAGCGAAAUGAUAUUUGUGCACGGGUUUGUACACUGUGAUCCACACCCUGGAAAUAUUCUUGUCCGCUGGUCUAAUGAUGAAACAUCAAACUCCAUUUUUAAAAGAUGUGCUAAACUACUUGGCUUUUGUUCCCCUAAAUUGGAAAUUGUUCUUCUUGACCACGGGCUAUACAGACAACUCUCAAAAAAUUUCCGCUUUCACUAUGCAAGUUUAUGGCAAGCAAUUAUCAACACGGACAUGGCCGGCAUAGAAACUCAUGCGCGAGCGUGUGGAAGUGGUGACAUGUAUCCACUGCUCGCAACUAUAGUAACAGGAAGGUCAUGGCAAGUAGUUGGAAAUGACGGAAUCAAAAACGUUGAUUUUACGUUUGAGGAGGACAACGAUAUACGGGGAGCUGUCGGCCAUUAUUUGCCACAUAUUUCAAAUGUGCUGGGAAAUGUAUCGAGCGAAAUGUUGCUUGUGUUGAAAACUAAUGACCAUCUUCGGGGUCUUGAAUAUACAUACGGUGUACGAGGACAUGCAUCUGGUUUCCUAGAUAUGUCUAAGUGCUGUUUGCGUGCCUUGCGUGAGUUACAACAUGAACGUAUUGAUACGAGAUUCUCUGCUACAACCAAGUGGUUGAAAUCUAUGCAAAACAACGUUAACAUUAACCUCAGUUUGCUGAAGAUAUUUGCUUAUGAAUGGUAUUUGUGGGUUUUAGAAGUGACCGGUUAUCAAAAACAUAUUACAAAAAGUUCAUAUGGUGCAAAGAAAACGAAGAAAAAAGCCGCAACAAGUGCUGCAUUUGUUUUACAAGCAACUUAGUCAAUUUCCUUUCCAUAGUCCCAUAUUUAUGUUGUAUGUUAUUUUUAAAUUACAAAGUGAUUUUACAUUACGUGUUUGUGCACUGUAGCUAUAUGUACCAGUCUGGCACUUUUCCGUAAUUAUUUCAAAUUCAGUGCUUUUUUUUAUAAAUGUUAAAAGUAAAUAAAAUCUAACACAGAGAACGAAGUCACACUGAAAUAAAUGGAUGUCUCCUGG